AUGGGGUUAUCAUUUAGACAUUUUAAUUAUUUUGGGUAUGGAAUCUAUAAUGAUAUCAAGAGUAGACUACCGCAUUAUAAAUCAGAUUUCACUGAUGCAUUCAACUAUCGAGUGAUUCCAUCAACUGCAUUUAUUUUCUUCACAAAUUUAUUACCAGCCAUCGCAUUUGCUCAAGAUAUGUUUGAUAAAACUGAUCAUGCUUAUGGUGUUAAUGAAGUUUUAAUGCUGAGUGCUCUUGCUGGGGUAGUAUUUGGGUUAUUUUCAGGUCAACCUUUAUGUAUUGUUGGAGUUACUGGACCAAUAUCGAUUUUCAGUUAUACAGUUUAUGAAUUAAUUCAUCCUCGUGGCACACCUUAUUUCCCCUUUAUGUGUUGGAUUUAUCUUUGGUCAAUGGUUUUCCAUAUAAUUAUUGCUGUGGGGAAUUAUAUUUCAUUCUUACAAAUCAUUAGUCUUUAUAGUUGUGACAUUUUUGGGUUUUUUAUUAACAUGGUUUAUAUUCAAAAAGGUAUUCAAAUAUUGAGUAAUCAAUUUGAUGAUGUUGAUUUAGCAAGUGGAUAUUGUUCGGUAAUGAUCGCAUUAUUAAUGGUAAUAUGUGGAGUAGGAUCUAAUAUUUUGGGUAAUUAUUUACAUUAUUUUAAACCUUGGGUUAGGAAAGUAUUUGUUGAUUAUGGGGUUGUGGCGCUGGUAAUUUUUUUCACGGGAUUUAUUCAUUUUGGCGGUAAAUUGGACAAUACAGAAUUAGCAAGAUUACCAAUAACUCAAUCUUUCCAACCGACAAGAAGUGGCGACAUACGACCACAUGGAUGGUUUAUUCAUUUUUGGCCAGGAGAAAAUAUUUCUGUUGGAGAUGUAUUUUUGGCCAUCCCAUUUGCUAUUUUGUUGACAUUUUUAUUUUAUUUUGAUCAUAAUGUUUCGUCAUUGAUGUGUCAACUGAAAGAAUACCCAUUGACUAAACCUGCAUCUUUCCAUUGGGAUUUCUUAUUGUUAGGAUUAACUACUGGUCUUGCUGGCAUAUUGGGGAUCCCAGCACCAAAUGGAUUGAUUCCUCAAGCACCAUUACAUACAGAUUCAUUAGUCAUUCAUGACAAAACCGGGAAAAGAUUAUCGGUAGUGGAACAAAGAGUAACAAAUACUGCUCAAGGAGCAUUGACAUUUUUAAUGAUGUCAAGACCGUUUUUGGUGGUUUUAGGACUAGUACCACAAGCUGUGCUUUCAGGGUUAUUUUUCAUUAUGGCUAUUGGUGGAUUACAUGGGAAUAUCGUCACCAAUAGAAUAAGGUAUUGUUUUUUGGAUAAAGAAUAUAUAGAGACCGAUCCACAAUGUCCUCAAGUUUGGAAAGAUAUUCAUCGAUUGCCGACCAAGAAAUGGUUUUAUAUUUAUACUUUGCUUGAGAUUAUUGGCGGAGUGGCAGAAUUUGCAAUCACAUUAACCAAAGGUGCAGUGGGAUUCCCUGGAGUGUUGUUGCUUCUUGCCUUUUGUGCCAAAUGGGUUUGGCCAUUGAUUAUUCCGAAAGACGAAUUAGCCAAGCUAGAUGGAGAUGUAGCUGAUGAAUUCAUCCUUAAGAAUUUCACCGUUGCAUCUGAUGAAAGAAAGAGAAGACGCAGAAGGUCAGAUGCAGAGGAAAAAGAACGAGGAAGUAAUUAUCAUGAAUCCACUAAUGAACAAAGCGGUAGUAUAACGUCGUAG